AUGGAGGAGGCGCCAGGCGUGGAGCCCUCUGGGGUGGCGUCGUGUGCGGCUAGCUUGAACAGUGAAAUCUCUUCGCCUCUCUCCACGCCGUCGGGGUCUCCCUUGUCGCCCUUCUCGCCCUCUCGCGGCGCCAAACGCUCGGCCGGCGAGCUCCUCGAGGAGGAGGGCCGGCCCGCGAGGCGCCGAAGAGAAAUCGACGGGGUCGGCGACGACGAAGACGCUCUCGACGCAGCGGACAUGGGCGAAGACGCCGCCAGCGACGCAUGCCCCAGACACCCGCCAGAAGUGCCAGAGAAGCGUCUGCUUUCAGAGUACGUUUCCAAGAUGAACGCAGGGGAAAGCGGUGCGCCUGGGGAGCUAGCGCCGACGCAGGCGACGACCGCACUCCCAGCUGUUUCCUCUUUGUGCGCGGACAAGGCCCACGCGGACGUUGCCGUCGCGCCUACGCCUCCGGCUGCGCCCGGAGACGAGGUCUAUGCGCCGGCGCCCGCGGAGUCUGCGCCCUUGAGUCUCGACGGCGAUCUGACGCCGUCGUCUGGGGCCUCUGAGGCCGCUCUAUGGAAGCUCGCUGCGCCUGCGCCGAGCCCCGAUAUCAGUGGCGAGGAGGCGAGCCCCUCUCAAGAGACACCAACGGCCCCCGCAAGCGGGCAGGAGCCGCCAGAGGGCCUCGGAGACAGCCUCCCGAAGUGCGUGAGUCCGCCCGAGGGGAAGGAGGCGGACCGCGCGGAGAGCACUGGAGGGCGCUCUUAUGCGUCUCCGCUCUGCGCAGACGGGGGCCUGUUCUCUUUGCCAGCUUCUUCGCCGGCGGGCCCCAAGCGGCGCACCCCGCCGGGGCCUUCGCCGUCCUCGGACGCGAGGCCCUGCGCCGCUGAAGACCGAGCCCCAGCGAAAAAGUGCGCGGUGCUUCCCGCAGCCUCCACUCCCGCAGCUGGCCACGGCGAACAGCGCGAGCAGAGUCGAGAGCGGGGGGGGAUCGCGGCGGCGGCGACCGGCGGAGAUGCGAAAGAGGGGGGCGGGGCCUCACGUGCGGGAACUGUGCUUGCGCACGGGGGGCACCACCCCAGCAGCGCGCUGCUGGCGCCGGCGCCAGGAGGCGGCAUGCGGGUGCGCGACUUCAUGGAGAGUCGCUGGAUGGGUACGCUCUGCGAGGAGUCGCUCAAGUUCCAUCUGCUUUGCGGCCGCUACCGCCCUCUCGUGCGGCACGUCAUUGAGAAGUUUCAGCUGUAUGUGCAGCACAAGGAAGAGGAGGAGAGACAUGCAUGCAGCCAGGGAAGCAAACGCGAAAAAUCUGGCGGAGCGGAGGCGGCAGGAGCCCGCGCGGAGGCCCCGGCGGGAGAUCAUGAGAGGAGGCUCGAGGGCGCGAGCUGCGGAGCCAAGGGAGAAGUGAAAGGCGAGGAAGGAGAAGACCGCGGGACGUCUGCGCCUGAGAACUGCCAUGCUGCGGGGGCUGUUAAAGAGGCGCCGAUCGAAGGUGCCGGUAUCAAACGCGUGAAGGAGGAGAUUCAGGAUCUCACCCUAGACGAAGACACUCAGCACUCUGUGGCGAGCCUGCUUGACGACAAACGUUGCGCGACGCGCCCCUGCUCUCCUAACCCUGAUGCGGUCGCAGCCUCUGCGGAUGCGUCGCUGAAGGACAGUCUGUUGUAUCCUCUCCCUCCCCCCGCUGCGCUCUCUGCCUCGUCGCCCCUCGUCUCCACGCCCUACCGCGUGCCCGUUCGUCUGAUUCUACGCGGUCUGCUGCCGCAUCCGCCCACGUCUCCGGCGGCUGCGGCCUCGUCUGCGUCUUCCGCCGCAUUGCUGUCGUCGCCCGCGUUUGUCUUUCCGUUUCUCGAGUCCGCCGAGGAGGACGCGUUGCAGCAGGCGGUCUUUGAGCGGCUCUACGCAAACCGCGACGCGACGUGGUGUCGGCGUUACUUUUGGAAGUACCAAAACGACUUCGACGUCUCGGUGAAGGUGCUGAAUCAGCUCUCGGUGCUGCUGCCGCUCCCCAUCCUGAAGAAGCUGGUCUACUUCCACGCGCGGAUCAAGAAAGUCUGGCCUAUGCCAGUGCUCGCCUGGAUCUCGUCCAGCUCGCGCGCUGUCGCCAUGAUGCGCUGGGGCAGGGAACUCGACGCGCUGGAGCGCUGCCGCCUCAUCUGCGCCUCGCAGCUCUCGGGCCGCGCGGGGUCGCGCGCUGCAGCGGCGUGGACCCGCGCACCUGUCAAAGGGCGAGGCACGAAGACGGCAGGGGCUCUCGGCGCGAUCGGCAAGAAGCCCUGCAUGCGCUUCUUCACCGCGACCGCGCUCGCAGCCUCGGCCUCCACCCCGCAACGCUCUGCGGCCGCAGGAGGCCCCUGCGACGGGGCGGACGGCUCGUUGGCCUCGGGCACCAAGAGGAAGGGCGCGCAGCGAUCCCGACAGAGGAAAAUGCUCCUUCUGCAGCAGCGCCGCCUGCAGCCCCAGGCGAGAGUUCGCGGGGCGGGGCGGGGAGCGCGCGACGAUGACGAGAGCGAAAGCCGCAGAGGCGAGCCCGACUCGCAGCGGGAGGAAAACGAGGACGAAGAGGAGUCGGAGGAGUCUUGUAAGAAGGCCGAGAAGGAAGCGAAUGGCGAGUUCGAGGCCGCAGAUGCCGGAAAGGAGGGCUGCGGGAAAGGUGAGGAAAGUGGCCCCGAAGGACAAGGCUCCGUGGAGAGCAGCGGCGUGACGGAGCUGAAGAAGGACGAGCGCGACAGCAACGAGGAGCUGGGCGAGGAAGGCGUCGGCGCGGAGGGACGCGAAGACUCGGAGACAGCAGAGGCAAGCGGGCCUGCAAAUGGAGCUGCCACGGGAGAGAAAAGCGGAGGCGAUGAGACAGAGGCGGAUGGCGGGAGAGCCAAGGGAGAGGAGCUUGAGGCCGCAGACGAUGAUGGACAAGAGAAAGAGAAGGAGCUCGACGACGCGGACAGGGAGCAGGAUGAGGAGAAGGACGUCAAAGUGGAGAACGGAGAUGGAGACGCCAACGAUGAGAAGGGGGAGGAGGAAGAGGAAGAUGACGCGGCAGAGGACGCCAACCAAGAAGCCGCAGAGGAGGAUAAGGAGGACCAAGAAUGGCGCGCGAAAGGCUUCGCCGGAAAAGUUGAAGCGCAGCUCGUCCGCGACAUGGCCGAGCACCUGUGGCGCUAUCUGGAGACACUUCACUACCCGCCGGCAGCUGGGAGCGAGAAGGACGAGGAGGCAGCCUCUGCGUGCGUCGACUCAGCGGAGCGCGAAGAGGGGCCCGGAUCUGUCGAGGAGUCGGACUCUUCUCUCUCUCCUCAGCGUGCGGUCGGAGCGCGUGUGGCUCUGCAGCCGGGCGUUUCAGGCGCGCGGGCCUUGGAGGCGAGCGAGCGCGACAAGCUAAGAAAGACGGAGGAAGAAGAGGUGGAGAGGCAGAAGAGCGCCCACGCGCGCGGGGCUGCGCAGGGGAGGAAGCCCUUGACGCUGCCUCCGCUGCCUCGGUCGAGCCCCCCUUCGCUUCCUCACUCUCGCGACGUGUCUCCGGUCGCCGCGGCCGGCUCGCCUCACGCAGCUUUUCCGAGCUUCGGCCGGAACGGCACGGGCGAGAAGUACUUUUCGCGCUCUUGUUCACCGCCGUCGUCUUCUCUCUUCCCUCUGUGCGCGUCGCCCGAUUUCCUCGCUGGCGGCACUUCUCCUCGCGAGGCCGCGUUCUCGGGCUCCUCGUCCUUCGUGGGCGAGUUCGCCCCUUCCUCCUCAGACUUCUCGCGAAUGCCGCCGGAGGCGGCAGUCGGUCACGCGGCGCGUAUGCAUGCCGUGCCGUCGCCCUUUCCGGCGUCUCCCUCGCGAGCUUCGGUGCUCUCUUCUUCCGCGGCGUCAGACGCGCGUGGCUCCAGUUCUCUUCCACGCACCCUGUCCUCGACGCCGACGAGCGCCAAGUCACCGUACGAGGCAGCGGUCGAGGCGGCCGCGUCCCUCCAGCGGGCGAUUUUCCACCGCGAGCGAGGCCGAGAGCGCCCGGCGCCGGGCGGGCCUCUCUCGGUCAUCGCAGCGGCGGCCGAAGCCUCGUCCGCCGCGGCGCAGCACCAGCGACUCCUGUCUCGGCUCGGCGAGGAGCUGAAAGAGACGGCGGGGCCCUCGAGCCUGGCAGGCCUUGCCAACGCGCUGCUCACCCACCGCGGCCGGCGGUCGGACGCCGGCCCCCCGCGAAACCGCGACGCGAGACUCGACGCGGGCGCCGCGAGCGAGCGCGGCGGAGGCCCGCACGUGGCCUUCGAACGGCGGAUGGAAAAGGAGAACUUGGAGACGCUGAAGAAGGAACUGUUCCGGCACCUGGUCCGCGAGCGGGAGCAGGAGCUCCAUCGAGAGAAAAGCGGGGCCAUGGGGGGAAGCGGAAGGGAUGAGGGGCUCGGCGGCGCACAGGGCGGCGAGCGAGGCGGCAGGAAGGAGGAGAGAGGGAAGUCCUUUUUUGAUAUGGUCUACGAGCGAAUGGGGUUCCCCCAAGGCGACAGGCGAGCAGCGGUGCAGGUGGGUGGAAGAGAGGAAGACCGUGGGCUUGCCAUCGGGCCGGCUGCGCUCGCUGAACUCCUCAGGCAGCGGGCGGCGUCUCUGCACUGA